AUGUUCAAGAAUACUUUCCAGUCUGGCUUUCUCUCAAUUCUCUACAGCAUAGGCAGUAAACCGCUCCAAAUCUGGGACAAAAGUGUAAGAAAUGGUCACAUUAAAAGAAUCACUGACCAAGAUAUUCAAAGUUCAGUACUCGAAAUAAUGGGCACAAACGUAAGCACCACAUUCAUAACUUGUCCAGCAGACCCAAACCAAACUCUCGGAAUAAAGCUCCCGUUUCUCGUCAUGAUUAUUAAAAAUCUCAAAAAAUAUUUCACAUUCGAAGUGCAAGUUCUGGACGAUAAAAACAUUAGAAGACGAUUUCGAGCUUCAAACUAUCAGAGUACAACCAGAGUGAAGCCUUUUAUUUGUACGAUGCCUAUGAGACUGGAUGAAGGGUGGAACCAAAUCCAAUUCAACCUGUCUGAUUUCACGAGAAGAGCGUACGGUACAAACUAUAUUGAAACUUUGAGAGUACAGAUUCAGGGUGCAGGUCCAAUGAUAUUGCCUUUUUAUUAGUGUCCUUUCACCGAAUUAUUUUUGGCCGAAAAUUGGUUGAAAUUUUUUGAUAGUGAGGCAUUUGACCGAAAAAAAGCGUUAAUUUUCGACCAAAUGCUACACUAUCAAAAGUGAAAUGUAUACUGUCAAAAAUCCACUGUCAUUUGACAUGGAGCCACAGAUUCAUGCUAAUUGCAGAAUGAGAAGAAUUUACUUCUCUGACAGAUUGUACUCUGAAGAAGAACUGCCACCUGAGUUCAAGCUAUUUUUGCCUCUUCAAAAGCAGGCUUAA